AUGAGUUCUGGCUCUUCAGACGCCGCCGCCGCCGAAAAGGGCCCCUCCGCCCUCGAGCAGCCCUCCAACGGCAUCCUGCCGCCCUCGUACGACCCCGAUCCCGACCAGAAGCGCGCCCGUCGUCGCGAUGACUGGAUUGCCAUUGCAAACUUCCAUCCCGGGUGGUUCGCUGCCUGCAUGGGCACUGGUAUCACCGCCAUCCUGCUCGAGCGUCUCCCCUACCAGUUCCCCGGCCUGCACUACAUCGCCGUCGCCAUCUUCAUCCUCAACGCCGCCCUCUUCACCCUCUUCCUCACCAUCUCCCUCGUGCGCUAUGCCCUCUUCCCCGAGAAGUUCAAGCAGAUGCUGCGCCAUCCCGCCCACUCCAUGAUGCUCGGCACCUUUCCCAUGGGCUUCGCGACCCUCAUCAACCUCUGGGUCUUCAUCUGCGUCCCCAUGUGGGGAGACUGGGCCGCCAACACCGCCUGGGUGCUCUGGUGGAUCGACGCCGUCGUCAGCAUCUUCACCUGCUACUAUGUCCCCUUUGUCUUGACGACCGUCCAUCCCGCCAAGCUCGAGACCAUGACCGCCGCCUGGCUGCUCCCCAUCGUCGCUCCCGUCGUCGCGGCGGCCUCGGGCGGCGUCGUCGCAGAGGUCCUGCCCAACAACUCCCACGCCAUGCUGACCGUCAUCUUCUGCUAUAUCAUGUGGGGUUCCGCCGUGCCCUUUGCCAUGGUCAUCAUCGUCAUCUACUUCCAGCGCCUCGCCCUGCACAAGAUCGUCCCCUCGGCCGUCAUCGUCAGCACGCUGCUCCCCGUCGGCCCACUCGGCCAGGGCGGCUUCGGCAUCAUGCAACUCGGCAUCGUCGCCCGGCGGGUCUUCCCGACGCAAGCCGACAUCCUCUCGCCCCUGGCCGGCGAGAUCUUCUACUCCGUCGGCAUCUUCAUCGCCCUGGUCAUGUGGGGCUUCGGCCUCGUCUGGCUGUGGUUUGCCGCCGCGUCCUUUGCCCGUGGCCCGUUCCCAUUCAACCUGGGAUGGUGGGCAUUCACUUUCCCGAUCGGUGUCUUCACCACGGCAUGCACCCUCUUUGGAAAGGAGUUUGACUCGGUCGCGUUCAACAUCAUUGGCACGGUAAGCCUCUCCGCAUCUCUCUGUGCCUCCAGCACUCCUGACGCUAACAUGGGGUAUCAGAUCCUCUCCGUCUGCGUGACGUUGCUCUGGAUCAUGGUGUUUAGCUUCACCAUCUGGAAAUCAUGCACCAAAGAACUCUUUAGACUUUAG